AUGGUACCUAGGCAGGGCACGGAGGACCUCGACCAGCAGAGCCAGACGAUGAGAGCAGGGGAGGAUGAGGAAAGCAGCCGGGGCAGCCGCCGCCGCCACCUCCGCGGGCUCCCAGCUGCAGCAGGCUGCGGAACAUUUACAUUUCUAUCCUCUGCCGUUGCUGCUGUAAGUGGACUUCUAAUGGGUUAUGAGCUGGGCCUUAUCUCUGGAGCUCUUCUUCAGAUGAGCAGCAUAUUAGCACUCUCCUGCAAACAGCAGGAAAUCGUUGUAAGUUCCCUGCUUAUUGGGGCCUUAUUUGCAUCCCUUAGUGGUGGAUUCCUAAUAGACCAAUUUGGAAGGAGACUUGCUAUUAUUAUUGCAUCUUCUCUCCUUGUGCUGGGGAGUCUGAUUUUACUGCCCUAUGAAUCCUAUGGGAUGCUUAUUGUGGGGCGGAUUGCCAUAGGUGUUUCCAUAUCGUUGUCAUCGAUUGCAACCUGUGUGUAUAUUGCCGAGAUCGCCCCACAGCACCGGAGAGGCCUCCUUGUAUCCCUGAACGAACUCAUGAUCGUGAUAGGCAUUCUUUUGGCCUAUAUCUCAAAUUACACCUUUGCCAGUGUACCUCAUGGUUGGAAAUACAUGUUUAGCUUUGUGAUUCCAUUAGGUGCUUUGCAGGCUAUUGCCAUGUACUUCCUUCCCCCGAGUCCUCGGUUUCUUGUCAUGAAAAACAACGAUGAAGCGGCAAGAAAAGUACUGGAGAGGCUACGGGAAACAUCAGAUGCUACUAAAGAACUUACUGUGAUCAAGUCUUCCCUGAAAGAGGAACAUCAGUACAGUUUCUUGGACCUGUUUCGUUCAAAGAACAACAUGAGGGCCCGAAUGUUGGUAGGACUCACUUUAGUCUUUUUUGUGCAGACUACUGGGCAACCCAAUAUUUUAUUUUAUGCGUCGACAGUUUUGAAGUCAGUGGGGUUCCAGAGCAACGAAGCUGCCAGCUUGGCUUCUACUGGAGUUGGAGUGGUCAAAGUGGUCAGCACAGUCCCAGCCACGUUUUUUGUGGAUCAGGUUGGAAGUAAAACUUUUCUUUGUAUUGGUUCUUCUGUUAUGGCAAUCUCAUUGGUCACUAUGGGCUUAGUGAACCAUAACAUAGAUGUGAACCUCACUAAUGUCUGCAGAAGCCAGUCUCCUGAGGAUUUCUUUCUCCAGAGAACAGGAAACCUCACUGGUGUCCUCAAUGGGAGUCUCAAGGACCUCUUUGCUAGCGUGGUUUCACCAGAAAGAUUGUCAUAUGAUGCACAGAGAAGACCAGAUGUUGUCAGGACAGGAGAACUGAACAGGACUGCCCUGGCAGGAGGCAAAAGCAAAACAGGGGCUCUCAUCGAAAGUGAGGAGGUUCCUGUUGUCCUGAAAUGGCUCUCACUGGCCAGCCUGCUUGUAUAUGUUGCUGCGUUUUCCAUAGGUCUUGGACCAAUGUCCUGGCUGGUCCUGAGUGAAAUUUUCCCUGGUGGGAUCAGAGGACGGGCCAUGGCUUUGACAUCCAGCAUGAACUGGGGUAUAAAUCUCCUCAUCUCCUUGACAUUUUUGACUGUAACUGAGCUCAUUGGCUUGUCUUGGGUGUGCUUCAUUUACACAAUAAUGAGCCUAGUAUCUCUGGCUUUUGUCAUUGUGUUUAUACCAGAGACCAAAGGAUGCUCUUUGGAGCAAAUAUCCAUGGAACUAGCUAAACAGAAAUACCGGAAGAGCCCCUUGUGCUGGGUGAACCAGCGGAGAGAGGAAUUGGUGCCGGUGGAACUUGCCAAGAGAGAGAAAGAGCAGCUCUACUAG